UUUUCCACCAGACGUAACACCAUAAACUAUAUGGCAGCGCCAAGGCUAUUUCAUUAUUUUGUGCGGAAAAUUGGUGUGUCCAUGUCAAUCCAACCACAAAAGCCCCAUUUUGUUCCCCUGUUACAGCCCUUCAUAGCAUAUUCCAAAGACCUUGUCCUUCUGCUCUUUUGGAGCUACUCAUUUGGAUCUUACAUAUAUCUCUUCUCCAUUCAAUUUCUUUAAUCUUUGUUGGGCUGAAAUUCUUAAGGAGAUCCUGGAUUGAAUAUUUCACGAUAUGGCUGCUCGAUGGACUGUUUCUUUUGGACCUUACUAUGAAAACGCCAUCAAAUAUGUUUUCUAAAUAUGUCGAUAUUACUACUUGUUGCAGAGAUUCAACUUUCAUUUUCCAGAUGUCUUUCAUGGCUGCAGGCCUACUUGGUUGCAUCGAAAAUAUCGCCAUCUAAUUGUAAUCCUCUGUAAUGUUUUGGUCAUUUCUAUGACUAAAGUAACAGGCCCAAAUUCAGAUUAUUUCCCUGAUUAACUAUACUGGUUAGUUUGCUAGCUCUGUUUCUGCAGAGAGAUGGCGGAGGCGUUGUUCUCUUUUGAGCCGUUUGAGUUCAAUGGAAUUCAAGGGGGGUAUGGCACUCUUGAAGGGUAUGAGAAAGAUAACUCCGGCAAAGGAAAACAAGACCAUCUCUUUGGAAUUGAAGACUGGGAAGAAUUUGAAUCUCUCUGUUCUCAGUACGGUCUUUUCCAAGAGAGCAUUCCUGACAAAAGAGCCCAUUUCUCUAAAGCUCAGCAGCAGCAGCAACAAUCGCCCAGAUCAAACCAUUGGGCGCUUGAUGAGUUACAAUUCGAUACUGUUUCGACACCGAUUCAACCAAUCCAGGAGAGCAAAAAGCUUGAAGAUUUCCAAGCAGGAAUCAAGGAACCUCUUCAUGAACCCAACAGGGAAAAGCCAUAUCCAUUUUCUCUGUCAUCUUUGGAGCUGCUCAACAACUACGGAGGUGGUGUCAAGAAGUUGAAGAGGGAAAACUUGAGCAAUAUAAGCAAUGAGAUUAAUGCGGAACGCCAGAGACUAUCCACUGAAGAAGUCAUGAGAGUGGCAGGAGCUCGGUAUGUGGAGUUUUCAAGCCAAAGGGGUGAUGAUUUCACUCUCCAUAUGCACCCUUUCGGCUUUGCUCUCAUGGGGCUGUCCCAAGAAGAAACCAAGGACGUGGAGCUUGUCCACUUCCUUCUAUCUGCCGCAGAAAAGGUAGGCUGCCAACAGUUUGAACGCGCAAGCAGAUUUCUCACCCGGUGUGAAUGGAUUGCAUCAGACACAGGCAACCCAGUUGAGAGAAUCGUGUUCUACUUCGCCAAAGCUCUUCGCGAGAAAAUCGAUCGAGAAACAGGCCACUUUAAAGGAUUCAAAGGAAAUGGAAGAAAGGAUCUAAUCGACUUGGGAUUCGCCACCAACCUUGGAAAUGGAAGAAAGGAUCUAAUCGACUUGGGAUUCGCCACCAACCUUGCGUCCAUUGCCUGCCACCAAGACCUUCCCUUCAUCCAAGUAACACAAUUCACCGGAAUACAAGCGAUAGUAGAACAUGUCGCUUUAUCUGGUAAGAUCCAUUUGGUCGAUCUUGCAAUCCGGAGCGGCGUUCAGUGGACGGUGUUGAUGCAGGCCCUUGCAGACCGAGACGAAUCCCCCGUUUCUCUCCUCAAGAUAACUGCUGUUACAACAAUGGACAAAAACCAUGUGGAGGAGACCGGGAAGAGAUUAGAAAGCUUCGCGAAGUCUCUCAACCUGCCAUUUUCAUUCAAUGUCGUUUUCGUUACAGAGAUGAAGGAACUGAAGGAAGAACUCUUGGCGGUAGAAGCCGAAGAAGUUGUGGCCGUGUACGCGCCCUUGGUGCUGAGAUCAAUGAUCCCAAGGCCUGAUUACCUGGACGUUCUAAUGAGAGUGAUUAAAAAGCUCAGCCCAUCAAUAAUGGUGGUCACUGAAGUCGAAGCGAACCACAAUUCACCUUCAUUCGUGACCCGUUUCAUAGAGGCACUGUUCUUCUACAGCGCAUUCUUCCACUGCUUGGAGGUUUGUAUGGGUAGUACUACUAAGAGCCAAUACAGAAUGAUAACGGAGGCCAUGUUUUUCGGUGAGGGGAUCAGAAACAUGAUUGCAGCUGAGGGCGAGGAGAGGGUUGUAAGAAAUGUGAAGAUGGAUGUAUGGAGGGCCUUCUUCUCAAGGUUCGGAAUGGUGGAAAUGGAGUUCAGCGAGGCGUCCUUGUAUCAAGCUAGCUUGAUUAUUAAGCGGUUUGCUUGUGGGAGUUGUUGCAGUCUUGAAAAGGAUGGGAAGUGCCUCAUUGUUGGGUGGAAAGGAACUCCUAUUCAUUCCCUUUCAGCGUGGAAAUUCACCUGAAAGAGAGAUUUCGGGCAUGUUUGGUUCCCGGGAAACAAACACGGCCUUAGAGACUGAUCUCAAACUCACAAUUAUGUAGUAUAUAUAUAUGGUUUCUGAAACACUUAGUUGAACUGCAUCAAACAUUCUUUUUCUUCUUUUUGGUUGUGUUUGGCUUGCCUGACCUUUUUUUCUUUGUGAUUGGAUUCUGCUGAUUUGAAUCAUGUUUAGAAUAACGAAGCUUCGGCCUGCACA